AUGGAGAUUCUCUACAAGGAGCCUAACGACAAUGCUGCCGACAAUGCCAUCACUCAAACAGCCGUGCAAUUACCUCCCAGUGGAAAAGCUCUGCAUGUCUUGCUCAACGUGAACCAACACGUCUUUGACGAAGCUGCCAAAAAUGAUACUUCACAAACUCCCACGGGUCGUGCGUUUCGUGCAUUGAAUGAGUAUUUGAAUCAAGGUCGAUUUGGUGAUGUCUUUGAUCCAUUGCAGCUAUUGAAACCCAAGAGCAGCCAACCAUUUCUUCGAUUGGGUCGUUACUUGCUACUCUCAUCUACACAUCGCACUGCAUUUGCCGACUUUGUACGACAUGAUCUACUUGACGCAUCCGAUAAACGAUUGCAAUUAGCGGGGGCCGUACUACUCGAACACGUCGCCGAUGAUCCUAUCAGUGUAAACUUCAUCCCGGAUUUAUCACGUGUGGCCUUGAAAUACAGUGAGGAGCCUAUGACGUUACUACCAUCCACAGCUUGCAAUGUCGCAAUCAAGGCAUCACGGCAUGGUAUCCAUGACUACCAAUCCAUAAGAGACCUGAUACCAUUGAUGAAAAAGUGGUAUCCAUACGAUAUCAUUGCAACAGCUGCGUGGGAGGCAAUUGACAACUUGUUGCAAUCAAUGCAAGGUCCUUGCAAAACGUGGGAUCAGCUAUCCAACACUCUCUCUUCAAAACAUUUGAUGUCCAAGAAACCCCUUUCAACCAAACGACAAUUGUCAAGCCUGAAUAAUGAGGAGCCUAAUGCUGGUUUGAUCUCUGUGGCAAUGCUUCAAAAAUCCCAAUGGCUCAAUGAAAGAGAAUUACCUGAUGAUUUGGUGACCGUAAUCCGGAAGCAUGUUGCGUCUAUGUUGGAUGUCACAUGGGCACAACCAUUGAUGAUUGCCAUGCUCCUUAUGACACCUGGUCUGUGCGUUGUACACAAGAUUCCGAAGCAUCUUAUUGUUCCACUGGCAAAAUCAGCAUGCAUAAACCAAGAACGAGGAAAAGCUUUCUUACCCUAUGCCAUGGCCAAUACGACUGAUUCCAUACAUGCGCUUUCGGAGAUGGUGGGAAAAGAUUCAAAUGAAGAUGCAGCACGGAUAUUGGGGGAUAUGCUUGACAAGGCAACCGUUGGCAUGGAAACCGAUCUUGAGGAAUUUAGUAUGCCACUUGUAGAUGAUAUGCUGCAAUGGGUUUGUGGCAACGAUCUCGCAUGCAAGGUGCUCAUACGAUACAUUGAUGUUGCUGAUUUGAGAUACGUGCUCACACGGCUUAUGCGAAUGGCUUAUAGCAAGGAUCCAAGGACAAAUCAAGUGUGCAAGGCAUUGAUUGGGAAAACUAUCCUCGCAGGGCAAUGGGCCAAUGGAGAUGGGGUUCCUAUAUACGUUGACAUGAUCAGAAGCAUGAAGAACACGCAUGCUUUACCGCCACAACCAACAACCUCAAUGUUGACAUCCCCAUCCGACCUUUUCCAUCCCACCACACCAGAAGGAUUGAAACUAGAUGAGCAAGAAAUAGAGCGAUUUUCAUUGGAGCUAUUAUCCGUACUUCAACUAUGGGCUAUGAAGGCCACCCCAGAAGGCGUCAAGCAUGGGAUACGUGAGCUUGUUUAUCGAUCUUAUGCAGCUCCUCAAGAUCCAACCUUUGUUCAUGCAUGGCAAAAUCUUGCGAGCCCGCUGGUGCAACAUCACCCAAUGGCUGUUUGGAUGGUCAUGGAGCAUUGUACCAAGAUAAUGAAAGAGCAAACAAAAUUAACAUACGAUCUCAUUGAUGCUGGGACUGAGGAGAGUGAACUUGCUGUAUAUACCAUUACGAUGAAAAGAUUAUCACCCAUGUUGAUUUUACGAGCACUUCAAGCAAAUGCAUAUACCCAUAUCCGUUUACCUGCUAUUGCUGAAUCAGAAAAGAUUGGAUGGAGCGCUCUUGGCAUUGAUCGAGGCGAUAUCAAAUGGGAUACCGGUGACAUGGAUCCAAAUUGCAAGCGAAUAAGCCUUGCUCUUUUCCACGAAUUAGAAUACAGAACAAAUGAUCCAUCCGAGCUUGGCGAGAUCCAAAAACUGGCAUGUGGGCUCCUAUCAUUGAUCUAUUGUAGGAAAGAUUAG